AUGUCGGCUUUCAUCGCCGCUAGUUCUUCGAAGACGGCUAGUGUGCCACACACACGCUCUUUGGAGGCUCGUAUAAGAGAGGAGCUGGUGUCUCAGGGGCUGCUGGACUCUGAUGAGAGGCAAGGUGUCGGAGGAGAGUCUGAAGACGAGGUGCUGGCCGAGCUGCAGAAAAGACAGGCUGAACUCAAAGCGCUAACAGCUCACAACCGUUCGCGCAAGCAGGAGCUGCUCAAGUUGGCACGAGAAGAAAUGCGAAAACAGGAGCUUCGACAGCGGGUUCGAGUGGCUGAUAACGAGGUUAUGGAGGCAUUCCGUCGCAUAAUGGCAGCCAGGCAAAAGAAACGCACUCCAACGAAAAAAGAGAAAGAUCAGGCUUGGAAAGCUUUGAAAGAGAGAGAAAGUAUUCUCAAACUCUUAGAUGGAUAAAUAUGACCGGCAGCUAUAAUGUGGUGUGUUUGUUGGUUAUGGACACUUCAUAAAGACAGCUUCAGCAUUCAGACAACUUGAAGAACACGUAAACAAACAUUUCAUAUAAUGUUCAUAUCUUUUGGUUACUCUCUAUCUUAAGACCUGAGGUUACUAGUUGUGAUAAUAAAGGUGUUUGACACUAGUUUUCAAGAGCCACUGACUUGACACUGUUGAUGCCAGAAUGUAAGUUUACUUUUUUCUUUUUUGCCGCCUUUAUGUACAGUUCCCAAAGGCAGCUGAUUAACAUAGUAGAUUGAUAUUGUUAAAGGAAUAGUUCACCAAAAAUAAAACACUUGUCAUGUCGGUCCAAA